CACCUCUACACCACCUCAGAUGACUACUGCCUCGGCUUUAACAUCCGGGGGGGGAAGGAGUUUGGUCUGGGAAUCUACGUCUCUAAACUGGAUCCCGGUGGACUGGCUGAGCAGAACGGAAUAAAGAUGGGGGACCAGAUCCUGGCGGCCAACGGCGUGAGCUUUGAGGACAUCAGCCACAGCAGCGCGGUGGAGGUGCUGAAGAGCCACACACACGUCAUGCUGACCAUCAAGGAAGCAGGACGAUACCCUGCUUAUAAGGAGAUGGUGGCUGAAUACAGGUGGCUCAAUAAGUUGGCCAACGGUACUCAGAAAUCCUCGUCCCAGGGUUCGGACUCCAACUCGUCCGCCUCGUCUCUGUCGUCUGGGACUCCGGUCAGCUCUCUGAGCGGCCUGUCGCAGGUCAUGUUCCCCCCCAGCCUGCCGUUUGGCUCAGACAUGGUGGACGUCUCCAUCUCCACCGAGGACCAGAGGUUUGAGUCGGAGCGAACUGAGACCGCCAUCCAGACGGACCUCCCCUCUCAGAGGACGGGUGCAGACACCACCCGCAGCCUGGGAUGCACCACUCUGCUCAAAGACACGAUGAUCCACGGAGAGGAGGACAGCGGGAGGAAAGAGUCUCCCAAGACGUCCAUGCUGCUGGCUCUCAGCAGGCCGAGCCGACCCAUCAGCAGGUCGCAGAGCCAAGUCACGGUGGCAGAAAUCACGCAGAAGAAAGAGAAGAAGCAGAAAGGGAAGGAGCCAGAGAAGAAGAGCACCCUGCAGCGCUCGAAGACCUUCGUGAACCUGCUGUUCAAGGGCGGGCGCAAGAAGGACGCCUCCAGGGGGCGCUCCAAGUCCCCAUCCACAGACAAGACAAGCAAAGAGGGCCGAAAGCUCGGAGCGAUGCCAAACCCAGAGAUGCUGAGGGUGGUGGAGGACAUGGCGCGCAGGCUGCUGCCCGAGGAGGAGGUGGCUGCUGUGAUGGCGACGUGCCGGCGGUACACAGCAGAGCGGUCGGUGGAGAACCUGAUACGCCACCUGCUGGCCGUUCUAGACCGGCCGGAAAAGCUGCUGCUGCUGAGGGAGGUCAGAAUGCUGCUCCCUCCGUCUGACCUGAGUGUUUUCAACAACGUGGUGACUCCUGUUGAAGUCGAGGCGUACGACAUCCUCAAGUAUCGUUCGGUUCGAACUCCUCCUCUUCGCUCUCCCACGUCUGGUCGAGCUCCCAAACGCCGCCUCAUCACUCCCAUCCCAGAUUACCAAGGAGGCUUUGAGCUCCACAGUGCUGCGGAGGUGGAGAAGGAGAGCCAUCUACUGGAGGAGCUGGAGAAACUCAGUCUGUCUGGGCCCCCGCGUUCCAAAGAGAGGCCCCACACCUCCAUGUCCUUCACGCCGCUGCUGGACAUACCGGUGGACGGAUAUAACGCAGACUCCGGGGAGCUAGGACCCCGCUCAGCCAGCCCCGUGCUCCCCAACUGGCUGCUGGCCCACAACGACGACCCCAGCCCUCGCCUCCGAACAGACAUCGGCACCAUCCGCUCCGUGCACUUCGACGAGGUGUCGCUUCACUCGGCCUCGGACAGGGCGGACACAGAAAGGGGACGGCCCCCGUUUAGAAACAGCCACCCUAAAGGCCAAAAGGAGAAAAGCGGAGGCCGGGGUAAAGACACCGUGUUCACGCUGCAGAGUGACGCUCGCAGGAGUCGACCGCUGUUGUCGCAGGUGUUUGGUUCGAGUCCAGAUCAAGAAGUCGAACAGAUGAACGGUCAUCGGGCGUCCGCCGAGAACGGACUCAAUGGCUCGGACGCUGAACCGGAGUACGAGCUCAAAACUGUCAGCAUCUCCAAGACCAAACAGUCACUGGGCAUCAGUAUAUCUGGAGGGAUGGAGUCCAAGAUUCAGCCGGUGGUGAAGAUCGAGAAGAUCUUUCCUGGAGGAGCCGCCUCCACCUGUGAAGUGCUCAAGGCUGGAUUUGAGUUGGUGUCUGUGGACGGCGUCUCCCUACACGCGGUGACCCACCUGCACGCAGUCGACGUCAUCCGAAAAGCCUUCAGCAACAAGGCCAAAGACCCCAUGGUGUUUGUCGUCAAAGUCCCCAAAACCGUUCAGCAGGAGAACGAGACACUGGUGGUGAAUUUAGAUAAAAACGCAGAGGGAGACGGGACACUUGAAUUCACUUGAAUUUUGUUUAAGUGACGCCACAGAUGCUGGUGACUUCCUGAGCCGAGGAGUAACAAAGGAGCUGAAGUAGCAGCUCAGGGGACACGAGGAGAAUCGAGACGAUGGAUUUAGAGGAGGAACAAUCAAAGAUGCUCCUGAUGCCUUUACGUCAAGAUGGAGGGUUUC